AAGAUUCAUUUUGAGAAUAGAUUUUGAAUAGGUAUUUAUAAAAUGUCCGCUCCGACGGAAAUUGAUACUGCACCACGGCCAACAACCCAAACAAGCAACGGUCUCAGUUCAUAUUGUGAGCAAAAAAUUGCCGAAUUGCAAUUUAUAUUGUCGGAGAAAAAACGAAAUCUUCAGCGCCUGGAAGCCCAACGCAACGAGCUCAACUCGAAGGUGCGACUGUUGCGCGAGGAGCUGCUCUUGUUGCACGAACAUGGCAGUUAUGUGGCUGAGGUUGUCAAGUCAAUUGAUACGAAGAAGGUGCUGGUGAAAGUGCGACACGAUGGCAAAUAUGUGGUCGAUGUAGACGAGAGCCUCGAUAUCAAUGCCAUCACUAGAAAUAGCAGGGUGGCCUUGCGACGCGAUAGCUAUCAGCUGCACAAGAUCCUGCCGAGCAAGGUCGAUCCGGUGGUGUCGCUGAUGCUGGUGGAGAAGGUGCCCGAUUCCACCUACGAAAUGGUUGGUGGUCUGUCCACGCAGAUCACUGAGAUCAAGGAGGUCAUCGAGCUGCCCAUCAAACAUCCCGAAUUAUUUGAUGCCCUCGGCAUUGCCCAGCCCAAGGGUGUGCUGCUCUUUGGACCGCCAGGGACGGGGAAGACUCUGUUGGCUCGCGCUGUGGCCCAUCACACGGAGUGCACCUUCAUCCGUGUCUCCGGCUCGGAGUUGGUCCAGAAAUACAUUGGCGAGGGCUCGCGCCUGGUUCGCGAGUUGUUUGUCAUGGCGCGAGAACAUGCUCCGUCUAUCAUUUUUAUGGAUGAAAUCGAUUCGAUAGGUUCGGCCCGGGUGAAGUCGGGCCAUGGUGCUGAUUCGGAGGUGCAACGCACCAUGUUGGAGCUGCUCAAUCAGCUGGAUGGCUUUGAGAGCUAUAACAACAUCAAGGUGAUCAUGGCCACCAAUAGCAUCGAUAUCUUGGAUCAGGCUCUGUUGCGUCCUGGGCGCAUCGAUCGCAAGAUUGAAUUCCCGCCGCCUGGCGAGGAGGCACGCUUGGAUAUCCUGAAAAUACAUUCGCGCAAAAUGAAUCUGACGCGUGGCAUCAACUUGCACAAGAUUGCUGAACUGAUGCCGGGCGCAUCGGGUGCGGAGCUCAAAGGCGUCUGCUCCGAGGCGGGCAUGUAUGCGUUGCGAGAGCGUCGGGUUCAUGUCAACCAGGCGGACUUCGAAAUGGCCGUCUCCAAGAUCAUGCAGAAGGACUCCGAACGCAAUAUGUCCAUCAAGAAGUUCUGGAAGUAGAGAGAAAGAUUCCAAGAAUAAAAAGUAAAUAAUCUAAUAAAUGCCUGAUGAUAAUCAAAUAAUCAAUAUUAUCCAUAAUUAAAUUCUGGAAAUAGAGAGUAACUCAUAAAUAAAAAAAAGGUUUUUAAAGUUUAAUUCAAGCUCCUAAAAAAAAGGAAAGUUUUUCUAAUAUCAAAUUUAACAAACAGAUGACUGA